UAUGGUUGUUAAGUCGUGUAUUUAUCCCCUAUGGUAGUAAUGUCAGGGUUCAGUUAUAGGACCCGUCAAAACAAAAAAGGGUUCAGUUAUAGGCUCAUGUAGGUUCUGUGAACAGUGGUUGAAGAGUGUUAAGGAGAGAGUAGAAACAGAAAGGGUCCUUUUUGGGUGCGUCUUUAUUACCAAAGACCAAAAGGGUGUUACUUGGUUUGGCCUCUGUUUGUUUUUCAGAGGCUUCUUUUCUUUUCUGAGAAGCUUUGAAUGGUUUCUUUUGCUGUAACAUCCUCGGUAAUCUGGAGGAAUUCAUGGCUAUGACACUGCUUUUCUGUCCCAUUGGUUCCUUUUCUUGGGCUUUGUAUCUCCCUUGUCACUGCAAGUUACUUCAUCAUCACCACCCCAUUGAGCAUGUGUUGUGUAUCUUAUCACUGUCGUGGAUUGUUUCAGUCCUGAAUCUCCAGCUUAAUGGUGAUGUUGAUGGAACAUAGUGAAAGCUGAAAAUAGAACAACAACUUGUUAAUGGCAUCAGCUUCUUGUGCGAGUAAGAGCCCGUUACCAAUGAAAGAUGCUGGAGUAGCUUCAGCUUCGGGGUAUUAUGUGUAUCCUCCACCGCAAGCAAGCUACGAGGAGGUUGCAAACAAUCCCAAGCUCUUCAUGGAAACCUUGGAGAAGCUCCACUCUUCUAUGGGCACCAAGUUCAUGAUUCCCAUUAUUGGGGGAAGAGAAUUAGAUUUGCAUCGACUCUUUGUUGAAGUAACUUCUAGAGGAGGUAUUGAGAAGAUAAUCAAAGAGAGAAAAUGGAAGGAAGUAACUGCAACUUUCAAUUUUCCAUCAACUGCUACAAAUGCCUCUUUUGUUCUGCGGAAGUACUAUGCUUCAUUGCUUUACCAUUAUGAACAAAUCUACUAUUUCAAAGCCCCUGGAUGGAGUCCAGCUGCUUCCAGCUUUUUCUCUUCAGCAGGCGGUCUGCAGUGUCAAUCAUCCAUUCCAGUUCCAGUGCAAAAGGCACAGUUUAUGCCGCCGUCAUCAGGAUUUCAAUCGCCGGUCUUUCAACAGUCAAGCGCUAAUGCUGCUGAAUUGCCUGAAGCCAUGAGAAAAUCUUCAGGAGGGUCUCAGGUGAUUGGGGUCAUUGAUGGAAAGUUCGAAAGUGGCUAUCUAGUCACUGUAACAAUAGGUUCAGAGAAACUUAAAGGCGUCCUCUAUCAGGCUCCACAAAAACCUGGAUUGUCUACUUCUCAUCACGGAGUUUUGGCCAACAACAGUGGCGCCUCUGCUCCGUUAGGUGUCCGUCGGCGCCGGCGCAGAAAGAAAUCAGAAAUAAAGCGGAGAGAUCCUGCUCAUCCAAAACCCAACAGAAGUGGUUACAAUUUCUUUUUUGCGGAACAGCAUGCAAGGCUAAAAGCACACCAUCAUGGGAAGGACAGGGAGAUUAGUAGGAUCAUUGGCGAACUCUGGAACAAGUUGAAUGAAUCAGAAAGAGUAGUUUAUCAAGAGAAGGCUAUGAAGGAUAAAGAGAGGUAUAGAGUGGAAAUGGAGGAUUAUCGUGAGAAGCAGAAGAUGGGCCAAGUUAUUAGUGAUGCUGUGCCUCUGCAGCAGCGGCUUCCUGAGGACAUGAAAUUGGAUGAAACGGAGGGCGAUUCUUUUCAAACACCAGAAGAAAGCAGUACUGGUGGAAGCGACUAUGACGAUGAUAGAGCUAUGGAAAAAGAUUUUGAUGAGGAUGCAUCACCGGUUGCCGGCAUGGGUGCUGAAUCUAGCUGCUUGGGCUCGGAGAAGUCACCCAAUGGAGGUUUAUGAGGUGCUUGAUUCUUUCUGCAUAGAUAAGGGCAUCAAUUAAGAAACAAGUACAGAAUGACUAAUCUUAGAGCAGAGAACAAAAAUACUAUGUGCAUCCCAAAAAUUAGCCACCAAAUCAGUUAUCAUGAAUUUGUGUAUAAAUACAUGUGGUGAUUAGCUUAUUUUCAAUGUGUAUUUUAUAUUUCAAUAUGUACUUUAUAUGGGUGGUUGAUUUGGUGGCUGAUUUUUUGUGUACACGUAGUAUGGUUGAUCAGAGAAAUAGAAAUUUUUUUUUAAGAUUUCAAUUUAAAUGAAGUUUUGACUUUUGAGCUCAAGACUGACUUGUUAGUGGUUAGAUGCUUGGCUCACAAUCACAGUGCUUAACUGUGGGUUUUGCCAUGUCAAGAUUUCAGUUGUUUGAUUUAUUGCUAGUUUCAUGAUAUUGUACAUUUGACAUGCUGACAUAGUAGUAGUUUAUGGUACAAUUAGGACUUUACUUAGAAGCAGUGGCGAUUCUUAUC